CUAUAAUUUCCUUUAGUGUCAGUCAGCGGGGGCGGGGCACCUCUGCUUUUGCCUGUUUUGACAGCAUAGAAGCAAUGUGAUGUGCGCCUGUUGGAUUUAAGGGAAAGCGGGACCAAAUGAAUGUGGCUAAGAAAAUCGUUUAGUGAAGUGUCGUUUUUUGUCAAAUUAGUGGAUCUCCGGCCAUGACGUGCCCCUGUUUACCACCUGUUGGGACGGCGCUGAUAUUUCUGUUGGUCGCACAACUCGGCACAGGCCUGAAGUGCGUGUGCCAGUUGUGUACCAAUAAGACCUGUGAGACGGGGGCGGACGGAGCCUGCUGGAACUCUGUGAUGCUGAUUGAUGGGAAAGAGGAGGCAGUCAAGUCCUGCCUGUCUCCCUCCCAGAUGAAGGGCCAGGUCUUCUGCUACAGCUCGCGGAACGUCUCCAAGAGGAACUGCUGCUUCACUGACUUCUGCAACAAUGAAACGCUUCAUCUGCACCCAGAGAGGCCAUCAGGGGGAAACAGCUGGAGCAGUCUGGAGCUGGUGAUGGUGACCCUGGUGCCUGUUUGCCUAUUGUGUGUCAGCAUCCUACUGUGGGUCCACACUCUCCAUGGACAGCGUUGUAUCUACAGGAAGGCCAACAAAAAUGACAUGGAGGAGACUUUGGAUGACCAGAUGUCCCCUGAUAAGCAUCUCAAAGACCUCAUUUUUGACCUGAGCACCUCAGGGUCUGGAUCUGGACUUCCACUGCUCGUCCAGAGGACGAUAGCUAGGACGAUUGUCCUGCAGGAGAGCAUCGGGAAGGGCCGAUUCGGGGAGGUGUGGCGGGGGAAGUGGAGGGGGGAGGAUGUGGCAGUGAAGAUAUUUUCGUCACGGGAUGAAAGGUCCUGGUUCCGAGAAGUGGAGAUGUACCAGACCAUCAUGCUUAGACAUGAAAACAUCCUGGGCUUCAUUGCUGCCGACAAUAAAGACAACGGGUCAUGGACUCAGCUCUGGCUGGUGUCAGAAUACCAUGAGCAUGGAUCCAUGUUUGACUACCUGAACAGGUACACCAUCUCUGUGGAGGGGAUGGUCAUCCUUGCCGUCUCUUUAGCCAGUGGACUCGCACACCUGCACAUGGAGAUCAUCGGUGCUCAGGGCAAGCCGGCCAUCGCUCAUAGAGAUUUAAAAUCCAAGAACAUUUUGGUGAAGAAGAAUGGCACUGCUGUCAUUGCUGACCUGGGCCUGGCGGUGAAGCAUGAUUCAGUCACCAACACUACAGAUAUUUCAUCCAAUCACAGAGUGGGAACAAAGAGGUAUAUGGCUCCAGAGGUCCUGGACGACACAAUCAACAUGAACACCUUUGAGUCGUUCAAGCGGGCAGACAUCUACUCCUUGGGCUUAGUGUUCUGGGAAUUGGCACGGAGGUGCCCUGUGACAGGCAUCUAUGAAGAUUAUCAGUUGCCUUACUAUGACAUGGUGGCUUCAGAUCCAUCAUUAGAAGACAUGAAAAAGGUGGUCUGUGACCAAAAAUUGAGACCCAACAUUCCCAACCAGUGGCAAAGCUGUGAGGCACUAAGGGUGAUGGGUAAAAUCAUGCGAGAGUGCUGGUAUGCCAAUGCUGUUGCUCGGCUCACUGCGCUACGGAUAAAGAAAACUGUCUCCCAGGUGAUGACCAUCAUGGACGGCAAAGACUCGCUGGCCUCACAGCUAACAUGAAUGUAAAACCAGGACUUCAAUCAUGGACCUUCACCCAUGAACUAUAAAUGCCCUGCAGUGGGAUGCUUGGCCUACUAUGCCAAAGAACCCUGACAGUACAGCUACGUUAGGCCAACGUAGACACUCUGUCAAGCUCCGUCUGUGGGAGGUAGCCAUGACGAAGCCCAGAGGUAGUUAGCCCAUCAGGCAGAUGCUUACCUCGGAAUCAGGUUUGUGUCAAAAUUAUUAGAGAAAACAUUAUUCGUUUGACAGAUCUGUGCCAAAAUUAUCAAGCAAAAUAUUUCUGAUUGAGAGCGAAGAAAUACAUAUUGCGAAUAAAUUGAUUUCAAAAGUAAAACUUAAGACUUUUGAAUCUGGAACAAAAUGGAAAAAUAUUGCAAUCAAUUGGUUUUCUGUGCUGUGAAAACUAUCGGCUGUGUUUGACACUUAAUACAAUGUUUUCUUGAUUUUGACACAUCUGAUUUCGCGGCAAGCAACGUAGCUACGAAAUCUUCCCAAUGGGCAAACUACCUCCACACGAUGUCACGACUACCUCAUAAAGAUGGAAAGCGACUGAGCACCUACGUUGGCCCCAUGUUGCUUUUCUCAGUGUGCUGUCUGGGAAACAAGGUGUUAUUAAGAAGCAGAAGUCACUGCUAGAAGUUACUUAUUCAAUCCAAGGUAUAACCUCACCAUAAUGGUCAUAUAAGACCGAGAAAAGGCAGGUAUAUUGUAUAGAUUCCACACUACCUCAAAAAGUGGCCAGAGAAGCUGUACAGCAACUAUUUUUGCCAUCCAUGUAUUGCUUGAGAAACAUGCGUAUUGUUUGUUAAUGUUAAUGUUACCAUGUAACACACCCGCUGCUAUGCCUGAUUGUACAGGAAACUUGUGUUCUGUUCCGGGGAUGUUACCACGUAUCCUAUUGCCACAGCCGCUACGAUAGAGGUAAAUGCUUUAUCCUUGUGAAUGAAUGAAGCUAGUUCUUAGUGCCUAAAGUGAUGACUCAUUUUUACAUUAACCUUGGGAAUUUUAAUCCACAUAUUUGCUUGUCAAAUACCUGACUUCAGUUUAGUUUGAUUUGAAAAGUUUAAAACUAAAGAUUGUGUGAUUACUUUUACAGAGAAUAAUAUCUCUUUGAAAAACACUGAAUGUUUUCAUUCUUAUUUUAAGGGAUUGAAAAAGGAAGUUGUUUUCUUUACAGUCUGUAACAGCUUUAAUUCCACAACACGGACCUCCAUUACAGGAUUAUUCAAUGUGUUAUUUCAAUGAGUCCUUACAUUGACCAUCCCCUGCUCAAGUACAUAAUACAUGUCAGCUAGAGGUAGUUAGAGGAGGGGGUUGCAGAAUUUGUCUCCAAGAUGUUUGUGAAAAGCAAAGCAAGUACAACUUUUACUGUAUUUAAGAUAUUCUGAAUGUAACUGAAAAUCACUAUAAAUCUUUGUGCAAUCCAAGUAUUUAUUUUUUACAUUUAUUGCAAAGCAUAAAUCAAAAAUAUUCCUUGAUGCAAAGAUUACAAAUAUACAUGUAUAUUUUUCUACAUUGUAUGUAAGUUGAGUGGAUUGUUUUGUAUUGCACUGUAGCGUUGCUAUAAGCUGCCAUAUAUGCGUGUUUACAUGAGUACAUAUUCUGUGUGUAUUACUGAAAAGCUGUAUUAGCAAGAGAAUGUGAACCUGAUGCUUUUGUUUGUUAGUUUGGGCAGAUAGCCCACUCCGGGGUGCCACAAGUGUCUGUGAGGCCAAAUAAAUUAUUAAUUUUUUUAUUUUUUAGGUAUGCUUUAUUUAUCCAGGAGAGAGUCCUAUUGAGAUUUUUAUCUUUUUCAAAAGGUGAAAAGACCAAGAUAGCAGCAUACAUAAAUACCAGAACUACAUGUAACAGAGCUACUAGCUUAACUACAUUUCCCAAUAGCAUGUGGUAGCUUAACCUCUUUGGAAAACAAUUAGCUUUCUAGUUGGUGAACUAUUUUUUUUUUAGUAGAGCAGUAGUGAGGUAGCAUGAACAAAGUUACAUUUCCCCUGGGUUAAAGUGCAGAAGAAAGAUUAACUUUUUAAAAUUGAUUUAAAUUUUAAAGAUUAAAAUUAAAAAUGGGCAUUUUGGUCAGUAUAACUGCCUGGUGUUGGCAUAUGGAACAUUGGCCCAAUUCCAAACAGAGCCCACUGGACUCAUACUUAUAUUUUUGGGGACAGGUGAGUCUACAUAUGGACAAGGGGUACAUAUGUAGACAUAUGCACAUGUCUGAAAAAUAGGCAUACCGGUAGUUUCAAAGCUUAAAAAGCUUUGCCAUCAAUGUUUGACUAUCUACACAGAAAUGUUUUCACUGAUCUCUGAAUCUUUACAAAAACCACAAUGUUUGGCGGUGAAUUGCCACUUUUGGGAUGUCCUACCUUUGGGGAAUCUGAGUUAGAUCUGUCUCCUGAGUCACUUGUGUAUGCUGUCUUUGAAGGCUGCUGUUCUUACCCCCUUAUCACAGUGGCUUACUCUCAGUUUUUUUUUCCCUACAAUGAAAUCAACUCUGUCGAUUUGGUUGAUCCAAAUCUUAGGAUGAAUUUUCUUUCAUGUCACCUUUGCUGGGUUUUAACAUAAGUGCUGUUUUGCUGUUUAAAAAAAAAAUGUGACUAAUCACCUACCCCCAACACAUCGGCAUUUACCACCAUAGUGUAGGAGUCUGUCACCAUGACUUUGCAUUGUUCCAGACUGAACUGUCCUCUGUGGUCAUCGGUGAAGAUAGCAGCAGCACAUCAAAGCACAAAUUCUGCACUGAGGGAGAAAUCUGAAUAACAAUCUGUCAUUUUCAGCAGUAUACACAUGCCUAAAAUGAAUGUACUGGUAGGAUGUUUUUGCAGACAUGACCAUUUUCCCAAAGUUUUUACUCUUUUCAGUUUUUACUCUUAUGGUGCACAUUGUGCCUUCCAAGUGGAUGACAUACCCUUUGCAUUUGCCCUACUUGAUGCACUGUAAUAACAACUGGCCUCCGUGCAUUUGUAAUUUGCACAAAUCAUUACAUCAUUGUUUUAUUUUUCUUAUUCUAGUGCAUUACAUGUGUAGGGAGUUAUACACUAGACAUUCUGAAGCGUAAAUAUUGUACAUAUAUUGUACUGUAAUGCUUUAUUAGACAGUGUGUACAGCAGCAGUGUUUGUGAUUGUAGUUAAUAAACUGUGUGUCAAAAGUGUGCAAGUAUAUGCCUAUGAGUUCCAUGCUCAAAUGUUUUACUCUACAACAGUGUUUUACCUGUGAGACAUGCUAUCCCUGGACAGGUCCAUUUCCCCUAUCUGGCAAUGGUACAGGCCAUACAAAAUGUCAAUGUGAGUUUUAGAAGUAAAUUUGGUGUCAAGCCAAAUGCCUAGA